UUUGGGGUCGGGAACCGGGAGCUGAGGGCCCUGAAGCGCGUGCCUCCUAUCGCGCGUCCCCGUGACCGGUCUCGAGGCCGCGCACGCGCCCCGCCCCUCUUUUAGCCCCUCCCCCUCCUCUCGCUCCCACUCCCCCUCCCCACCUCGCGCGCAGCAGUGGGUGUUUCUCGCGCUUCCCGAGUUGCCGCCGCCUCGGGCGCUGCUCCUCCUCCCCAGUCUUGGGUUUCCCUGGUGCUGCCGCCGUCGCCACCGCAGUUCUGUGUGAGGAGGAGGAGGAGGAGGAGGAGGAUGUGAAGAUGGCGGAGCUGCAGAUGCUGUUGGAGGAGGAAAUCCCGGGGGGCCGCCGGGCCUUAUUCGACAGUUACACUAACCUGGAGCGAGUGGCCGACUACUGCGAGAACAACUACAUCCAGUCAGCAGAUAAACAACGAGCCCUAGAAGAAACCAAAGCUUAUACAACACAGUCCUUAGCAAGUGUAGCCUAUCUGAUAAACACCUUGGCCAACAAUGUCCUCCAAAUGUUGGAUAUCCAGGCAUCUCAGCUACGUCGGAUGGAAUCUUCUAUCAACCACAUUUCCCAAACGGUCGAUAUUCAUAAAGAGAAGGUUGCAAGGAGAGAAAUUGGUAUUUUAACUACCAACAAAAAUACUUCAAGAACCCAUAAAAUUAUUGCUCCAGCUAACCUAGAACGACCAGUUCGUUACAUUAGAAAACCUAUUGACUAUACAAUUUUAGAUGAUAUUGGGCAUGGAGUAAAGGUGAGUACACAGAAUAUGAAGAUGGGUGGGCUGCCUCGCACAACACCACCUACUCAGAAACCACCCAGCCCACCGAUGUCAGGCAAAGGAACACUUGGGCGUCACUCCCCCUAUCGCACACUGGAGCCAGUGCGUCCUCCAGUGGUACCAAAUGAUUACGUACCUAGCCCAACACGUAAUAUGGCUCCCUCGCAGCAGAGCCCUGUGAGGACAGCUUCUGUGAAUCAAAGAAAUCGAACUUACAGCAGCAGUGGUAGUAGUGGAGGGAGUCAUCCGAGUAGCCGGAGCAGCAGUCGAGAAAACAGUGGAAGUGGUAGUGUGGGGGUUCCUAUAGCUGUCCCUACUCCAUCUCCUCCCAGUGUCUUUCCAGCCCCUGCUGGCUCAGCUGGCCCUCCUCCCCUCCCUGCCACUUCUGCCCCUGCCCCUGCCCCUCUGGCUCCUGCUACUGUCCCCCCUUCCACUGCCCCAGAUGGUGCUGCUGCGGGAGCUCAGCCCCUUGCUGAUGGCUUCACUUCUCCAACUCCCUCUGUUGUUUCUUCCACUCCACCUACAGGUCAUCCUGUUCAGUUCUACAGCAUGAACAGACCUGCUUCUCGGCACACUCCCCCAACAAUAGGAGGCUCUCUGCCCUAUAGACGUCCUCCAUCCAUAACCUCACAGACAAGCCUUCAGAACCAGGUGAAUGGAGGACCCUUUUAUAGCCAGAACCCAGCAUCUGUUGCUCCUCCUCCUCCAUCCAUCCUACAGGUAACUCCUCAGUUGCCUUUAAUGGGAUUUGUGGCCAGAGUCCAAGAAAAUAUUUCAGACACUCCUCCUCCUCCACCUCCUGCAGAAGAACCAGUCUUUGAUGAAUCCCCACCUCCACCUCCGCCUCCAGAAGAUUAUGAGGAAGAAGAGGCAGCUGUGGUAGAGUACAGUGAUCCCUACGCAGAAGAAGACCCUCCCUGGGCACCAAGGACCUAUUUAGAAAAAGUUGUUGCAAUUUAUGAUUACACGAAAGACAAAGAGGACGAACUCUCAUUUCAGGAAGGAGCUAUCAUUUAUGUCAUAAAGAAGAAUGAUGAUGGUUGGUAUGAGGGAGUCAUGAAUGGAGUGACAGGGCUCUUCCCAGGAAAUUAUGUGGAGUCCAUCAUGCAUUAUUCUGAGUGAAGAUCGAUGAUGUACCGGGAUCAAAAGAAACUAUUAGGGACUUUUCAGAUUUAUACAAGGUCUGGGGGAAUACGCUCAUGUGAACUCAUGGAUGAAGAAUAAGGAUAAUUGUAAUAAAACUACUUAUGUGUUUUGGCUUAAAAAAUUAUCAUAAAAAAGUAAUUUAGUGACCUAAAAGUAUGAACAAAUGGAUUUUCUGAUGGUAGUGGCUGUGCUGAGCUCUCUGAAGUAAUUAAGCUGACCUUUUUGUCUCUGGGUGUGUAGAAAAAUGACCUAUUUAUGUAAAUGAAAGUCAAGAUAAGACAGGUAGAAUCUAGGAUGUUUCUCAGGAAUCCUAUCUAAUCCAGAGUUUUCUCCCUUGCUUUAAUGCUUGGCAUUUGAAAUGCCAACAUGCUGUGAUAGUAUUAACCUUAUGACCUAUUGGGCAUCUUAGUCACUUUUUUCUUCUCCCUGAAAAUGAAGCAUUGGAGACUGUAUAUGAAAGUUUAAAAACUUUUAAACUAAAGUUUUAAAAAGCUUUCCAGAUGGUUUGUUACUUGUUUAAUGCAGUUAGAAUUUGGAAUUACUUAGCAGUUUGUGGCUGAAGCAAGUGAAUUCAAAACUGACUCAUGUAUCAUUAUAACUGUCAGUUUAAAUCAUUAAGAUGAUAAUGUUUAGAAAGCUUUGGCUAACUCACUGGUGCCACAGAUUUUAUUUCAUAUUCCUGUGAAAAUGACAUUGCCACCCACAGCACAGGGUAGGGUGAAAUGGAGAUUAUAUUCCCGGUGAGCUCUGAUGAUAAAGUCUGAAGAUUUUAAGUUAAUACUUGAAUAACAUGUUCUCAUUAGCAGUCAAGAUGAAAACUCAUUCUGAGCAUUAAAGCUUGGAGAAGAAAAAAUAUGAUUUCAGAGCAGACAUUCCUUUUAAUCUUUCAGUGUGUAGAAAAAUCUUCUUAGUCUUAUUUGGAAAGAACAAGUAGUUUUUAGGUCUGUCAGCAAGUCUUCAUAGUGGAAGUGAAAGGAUUGCUGCUCUCUGCAGCUUUAUCUGCAUCGUCUAAGCUGCUUUCCCUUUAUAAGAAAAAAGAACCCCAAACAAAAUCUAUGAGUCUCUCAUUCCUAAUUGGAAAAUAAGGGUCUGUUCCUAUUAAAAGAUUUUUUCACUUUACCCAUGAUGAAAAAUACAAUACUGGAAUAAGUUUAGUAGGUCAAAUACUGAUGCUGUCAGUUAUGUGGGCUAAACCUUCUGGUGGAACUUAAGCAGAAAGUAUGAAUUCUUGGGAGUUCACCUCCCGGGGUUAGAAGAAAAGUACAUUUUUAACCUUCCCUUUUCCACACUUUACAAUUUGAGAAAUGGCUCCUGAGAAUCAAAGUCCUGGGGGUGUAGGAGGGGGGUGUGUGGAGGGCUGAAAGAGAAAUGACCUAAUAAUGGGACCAGUUCACUUCCCCCUGAUGCUACAGACUAUGAUUCUAGACACUUGGACAGAAUUGUGUCAUGUCAGGUGAGGGCUUCCCGUGCCCGAGUGCAGUGUUGAGAGACUGACAAAGCAGCCAGGUUUGGUGAACUUGAGUGAUAGGUGGGGAGGGUGUUGGCAAGAAUGGACAUUCAGAUUCAGUUGGGCAACCAAAGGCCUUUGACCAGAAAGCUUCUUUACGACUUGAACUGAGGCCCAGUUAUCCAAUUCUGUGAUCAGAAACACUUCGCUCUGCCCCUCUCUCACAGCCAUUUAGUGACUGUUUUCAGGUCUUUGGACACCUGGCAGUCCCAUAUUCUCACCAACUUAACUCACCUGUGCCUGAGCACUCUUAUUAAGCAAAUGACCAAAAAUCUUUUUCCCCCCCUCAGCAUUAACACCAGGGAUCCCUUUGAGCCUGUUAUUUCCCUUUAAAAAUCAAUCCGUGGUUGACUAUCUGAGUUUGGAAUCUCUCUUACUGCCUAACGUGGACUGAUGUGCCUAGAGUUUGGGUUUUCCUUUGGGGUGGGGGAGUGGUAGUGCUGCUUAGGACUGGGUCUGUAUAUUCCUGAAAUUAGUUAUUCCCAGUAAGUACCUGGACCUGCGGGAUUUUCUGCUUCAGAGUGCUUAGUGGGUUCACGAAGCCGACCCGUUCUGGAGGUCUAAAAGGCUUGCCAAAUGCACUUACAGAAAUAGAGACGUCAGCUGUGCCAGGCUUUCAGCGCUAGAUAGGCUUAGGGUUUUCUCUAGGAAUGGAUUUGGUUUCUUGGACAAGUGCUUUCUUUUGCAACCUGCUGAUGAUAUCUGUGAAGUUUUUCAUCUUGUAGAGUCACUGGAGGGAGUCCAUGGGUUAAUUGCUGCUGGUUUUUGCUCUAUUCAGUACUGAUGUGUAAAAAAAAAAAAUUGUUGGAUUUCACACACAUUUUUUUAUUUUGUACAGUUUAAAAUUCUAUAGCUUGUCUAGGGAGGAUUCUUUGUGAUCAAACCCCAGAUUAAUUGGAGACUUUUUAAUGUAUGUAAUAUUUCAUAGACUGCAUGCUACUAAUAGUGAGGGUGGUGUUUCCAAUUUUAUCAUUUGUAAGUUUCCCCCUUUUGUCCUAUUGAAAAAAUAAUUUUUAAAAAUGCUUGGAAAAGUGUAGAUUUGAGAAAAGUGCAGACUAUUCUGUAGCCAAAGUGAUCCAAAAGCUACUGACCAGCCCUCAGCCGUGUCGUAACUAGAGAUGAGGUCCAUAACUGAAAUGAAACCUUUUUCCUCUGGAAUCGUGUUGUCCUAAGUUAUAUUUGGUUUUACCUUCACCCUUCCUCCAAGACCCCACGAAGAGUAGUAGCCCAAUAUGGCUGUUCCUUUUUGGUAUUUCAUUUCCAUGGAGAUAUGAAAAUACACUUCUUGUUCUAUGGCCUUAGGGGGAAGAUGACAAACUUGAAAAAUAAAAAGUGCCAAUCUAGGAUGCUGAGAAGAUCAGCCUGCUGUCAGACGAUAAAGAUGAAGCUCCUCUUGUCUGGCUCAGCAGUGUGUCUUUUUCCAUUGCUCGGCUGCUUUGUUUUUACCUCCCUCAGUGUUGCUUGUUUUGGCAAUUUAAUUAGGGUAAGCAGGCAGCUGGUAUUUUUAAAUGCUCUGCUUUGGAGGGACUGAUUGAUUCUGUGUCACCAGGCAGAAGGAUACCAAUUUAGGUCAAUCAUUUACCAGGUUUUCUUGCAUCUUUAGAGUGAGAGUAUUCAUGUACUUGUGGUUUUUGAGUUACUUCAUCAGUCUUACUUCUUCCUAAAAGAAAAACACGGCAACUUACUGCAAUUUUUAGUUCUGGUGAGGUAGGAAAUUGUGUGUACUUAUUUGUGUUUAAACUUUUUCUUAUUCCAGCACUUGCCUUCACAUUAGAAUACCUCUCCUAUUGUUCUUAACCACAUAUUUCUCUAGUGGAGAGAGCAUGUUGUGUCCUGGGAGUCACCAUGACAUUCAAAACAGCCUUAUGUAGAGGAUAGCAGGCAAUCUCUAAGUAUUUAGGAAGGUAGGCAUUUAAUUUCCAUCGGUUUACACUUAAUUCACUGGCUGGAAAUUCCACCUUCACUGGUAUUAAGGGGGAAACAUCCCCAAAUGGGUUUACUUAGAUUCAUAAAAAAUUUCAGAGCCAGAAGGGACCUUAGGUCAUCUAGUUUGGCCCCCCUCAUUUGAUAGAUGAGGAAACUGAGGCCCAGGGACAUUAAGUGACUUGCUCAAGGUCCCACAGCUAGUUAGUGGCAGGGCCAGGACUAGAAUUAUGACACCCAGUCCCGUGGUCUUUCUGCUAUACCAUGCUGUUUUGAUUAAAUACACUGUUUUUCUUGAAAACUGUGAGAACAUUGGAGUUCCACUUGAUGUCUUUAGGAAGAUACUUGAAAAAAGCAUGGCCAUGUUUUGAUAAAUGCCAUUAGAGUAUUAUGCACCGUUCCUCUUUGAAUUAUUAAAUCAGUAUGCCGAGUGCAAGUUCAUUAGUGAAAUGGGGAUUUUUUUAAAAAAUGGUACUUCAGUGCAAAUCGCUGUCCAGUACAAGUAGUCUUUUCUCCUUGACAAUACACAUGUUGCACAUACAUUUGAUACGGUAUUUAGCAGUGUGUGGGUACACUGCCCAGCAGUCUUAAAGGAGAGCCACCCACUGAAGAGGUAUCGUGCUUGGUAGCUGAAGAUUAUUUUCUGCUAAUCUUUGUUCCUAUUUCUUAUUGACUCAUUCAGUUAUAUGAAAAUUGACCAAUAUGACAGGGCCAACCUGUGGACAAAUGGAUUAUUUACACAAAUGAACCUUGCGAAAUAUCUUGAAACAUUUUUGUAAAAAAUUUAAAAAACACAGAAAAGUGCUUAUUUUCACAUUAAGAUGGAAGUGUCUUUUGCAACUUCAGAAUUCUAUGGAAAAGCAGUUUCUACCAUACCUUGUGUCCAUGUACAUUUUUAAGAAACAACAGAAACAUUUGGUUUACAGAUAGGAUGGCCGUGAUUUGUGCUCUGGCAGUGCUAACUAAUCCAACCGAUGUGCUUUUAGCUCCCAGAGAAAAGGUAGUUGUUGGCAGUGAGACAUACUACAAGUCAUGGAGGACUCUGGGGAGUCCUUGUCUGCUACCAGUAAUGUUUAGCAUAUGUGUGCCAUUAAGCUGCCUCCAAAUGAGUGGGGAAUGUUGACUUUUCACAUUUUUUUAGAUUGUACUUGGAAUUAACUGUUGCUGUGUAUUGAGAACUUGUUUUAAGUCCUAAAUAAAAACCCACAAAGCACAUA